AUGACCGGUAACCACUCAAUUGCCAUUCGAAGUGAUUUGACUGUUUGGGUGACAGAUGUAAACUACUUUGAAGAACUUGGGCGUCUGCUAUCUGAGACCUCUUUCAGCGAUCUCCAAGAUUAUGUCAGCUUCUGUAUAUUGAAUAAGUACGCACCGUAUGCCUACAGUGAGUCUGGAAAUCUCAAACAGAAAUAUCUCAAACCACUAGCAGAAUCCAUUGGAAUGCAGCACGUUGAAGGAUGGCCCUACCUGUUAGAUAUCGCAUCCCCUGGAUUCAAACUGCUUAUACUGCAGCGGUGGAACUGGAAACAUCUGGAGAGAUCGACUCAGGCACCACUAAAAAAUGUAUCAGUUUUAUUAACUCAGUGGCCAUAUUUUGCUACAGAUUCUGGGGUUCCAAGCUACAUCAAAUUUGGACCAAUGUGGUACUCUUUUGGCAAAACGAUGACAGACGCUAUUUUGACGGAACAUUUCAGGCAAAUGUCAAGUACCAAACCGUUAGCAUGGUUAGAAGAAACUGUGAAAGCUAUGGAUCUCAAUGGAAUCAAUCCUAAUAUAUCUAAAUUAUUGGCAAGAUAUCUGUCGCAGGAUGAACAACUUUCAUUUCUAAACGGACACAGGAUUUACAGUUCCUUUUUGGCUCUCGAGUUGGCUGGCCGGAUUUAUCUGAAACACAUGGACAGAACAGAUUCAAGUGCUGACGCUCACUUACUGAAAGCAAAUCUGCCUAGGGCAAUCUCGUUUUACGUGUGGUUAUUUCAGUCUAUUUGUGAAGGAAACAAGCAGCAGCUGACUAGCUUCCAAAGAAACACCAACAACGGACUCAUUGAUGAAUGUCGAGCAGCACAAGCGGCUGCUCUCAUAUCACCAGCAUUUCACAAAAUCAUAGGCUGCGCAGAUCUCCGAUUUCCGACAACAACUGAUGAUCAAACAUCUUUACUGAAACAAGGAGUGGGUUCGCGUACAUUCUAUCCCCCAACUAAAAUGUUAGAUUGAAAUGCUACCGCAGGUACUUAGGUUGGUUCAUCCGGGAUCUUGACGCAUCAAACAAUCGUCGGCUGGCGAACUCGUGCUGAAGAGCGGAUUUCGAACAACCAUCAUCAGAACUAACACCGACAUGAAUAUAAAUUACUGACGAGCAUGACGUGACACGCAUAUCAAUCGAAGACUUUCGAU